UUUUUUGGAAAAGUGUGCGCGCGAGCGUGUGUGUGUGUAAAGUUGGUGUGUAUAGCCAAGGUAAAUAGGUAGCUGGGCCUAGGCUUGCAAGGCUUCCUUUGGGUUUUUCCUUUUCAAAAUGUCCACGCCAAAGAAUGUAAAGGGAUCUUCAUACCAUCGGUACUCAUCAUUUGGUUCUGCAAGAUCAAGUAGAUCGACCGGUCGUAGAAGUAUGGGGAUUUUCAAUACGAGCAGCAGAAGAUCAUUUCUUCCCUCACCGAACGUCAGUACACGGAGCCCUGCAACUCGGAGGUCCUUUUUACAGUCGUCAUUCCUCGCAGAAGAUAGUUCAUCAAAUAAAUUGGAGAGUUACGGAUCACCUUUACCUGUCUUAGUUGCAGAAGCCCUCACUCUUGCUGACCGUACUACCCAGAUUACAGUUAAGGUUGAUGCUUCAGGAUGGGCAUGGCUGGUGUGUGGUCGAAAAAUGUUCAUCUGGUGCUUCGAGCAAAGAAGUUUUGCCAAGGCAACAGUUUUUAAAGAAUUAGCCCUGCCACCGAGUGAACUAAGCCACCAAGCCAAGUUAGCUGGUAUCGUGGUAGGAGAAGAUGGUGUUGAGAUGGCAGUCAUCCUGGUUUCUCCAGAAGGUAUUGUUCGCUACUGGCCUAACAUCGCUAAUGGUGAAGCCUUCAUUGAGAUCAGUGCUGACUUGGAUGGUCAAGAGGCCUUCUCCCUCACUACCGUCCAGCCAUUUGGUUUUAUUUUAGCAACGACUACCAACCAACUGUACCUCUUCUCCCCAUCAACAUCAGGCAUUCAGAACACAGUUACAUGUUACAGCUUAAGUGAAAACUCUGGAAUGCUUGCUAAGUUCUCAUCCUUUUUAUUUGGUCAUCAAAAAUCAACAGCUCCUGGUGUGAGGAGCAUCUUGGCUGGAGAAGAACAAGAAUCUGAAAUGCUGCCGCUGUAUGUCAUUCAUAAUAAAUAUCUACAAAAAUGGCUUAUUUCAGAUCCAGGCACCGAGAAGAUAGUCUAUGAAGUUAAUGUUGAAGAAAUGCUUCUUAAUGAAUUGAGUAAAGAUUCUUCUGAUAGUGACAUGAAUGUACAUUUGAUUAGCGGCCAUUUAUCUGGUGACACAUUGGUUGUACUAUGUGGAUUUUACAGCAAGUCAUCCCCAUCUGUCUUGCGCUUCGCACUCGCAAGCUUCGAUGUAAGUCAAAGUGCACCACCAACCAGCCUACAGUCGUUCAAUCUCACCCCUUACCAGAUACCCUUUCAGGAGGAAGAUGAAACAUACUUAACAUACAAGGUACUGCAUUCUGGCAACACCUCCUACAUCUACAGCCGCAAUGUACUAUAUACUUGUACAGCAACUGAUAAUGGUCCUGCAUUUGACAAGAUAGAGUUGAACCAGCCUGGCGAUGGAAUCCUUGGGGCAGGAUUGAGUGAAACAUUGCCAGUCUUCUUCACCAAUAAUUUUGGUCUUGUUUCUGUGAAGGUCAAUCAAAUGGAAGCAAGUUACCUUCAAGAUGAAUCAUUUGCAAGUACAAGUGCCAAACUCGAGCAAUCAAUGGCACCAGUGCCAACAAUUUCAGAAAUAAGUGACAUUGCUGUUGAUAAAGUCACCGGACUUAAGAGUGUGUUCAUAAAGGCAUGUGGUCACAAAAAGGAUGUUGCUGAAUCCCUAUUGGAGAAGAUAUUCCCUAAUAUAUUUGAGUCUGCACCCCAAGCCAACUCCUCAUUGGAUCAGACCGUUGUGAAGAUAAGUCAGGAUGUGAUAGACGACUUCCCAGCCUCUGACCCACGCUGGGCUGACUCAGUACCUGGGGACCCCUCAUCUACAACAAGUUCUGUGAUCAUUCUCCACCAAUUAGAAGACAAGCUCAAAGUUCAUGAUCAAUUCAUCUUUUUCCUCAAGUCCAUGUCCAUUUGGAAUAAGCUACAUUCUGUUAUUGUGAGAAACAAACCAAUGAGUACUUAUAUGGUGUUAUGUGAACAUGCUGAGAAAAUAGUAGCUGCCAUUGCUCUGAGGAACCUUCAUACUUUACAUCCUAACUUGGUUGAUGCAGCCAUUGUACAAGUUAUUCAAAGCCGUGGUUCUACAAGAGUUCCGUCAGGUCUCACUGUUCAGGACGUGUUUUACAGACAGGUAUCAAGAAUUAAUGAAAUAUUAGAACAUCUGUUCGACUACGAGAAAGCAAUGCUGUCUGCAGAGUCGAGCCCACCUGGACAGCACAUGCAGAUCAUUGUGGCUGUCAAUGAAAUCUUUGAGGGUAUGUUGCAGAAGGCAUGUCAGUUUCGUUCAUCCAAGUCACUAGUCUACCAAUCAGAUGAUAAUAUAGUCACUUUACAGCUCCAGUGCUUCCCGUGGACAGCUUCGGAGGGGGCACGUGGUGUGAGAACAUUGCUUAGUCAACAGCAUGCAAUCACACUUAGCAAAGGACUUCCAGAAGUAAGCAACACACAACAGAAGCGUACUCUCUUUCAGCAGUUAGUGGACAUAAUUGAAAUAAUCUUGAAUGGCUUCCUAGCUCAGCUGAAUUCACUCAAAGAUGAUGUCGGUGAAGAUGACAACCAGUACUCGCAGCUCUUACAUAAGUAUCAACAGGAACGCUAUAACCUGAUUAUGCCACUCGUUGAUUUAGGGCAGAACGACAAAGUAGCGUAUUUGGCGGAGAAAUUCUGUGAUUUUGGUAUCCUUGUCCGUCUUUGUGAAGCCACAAAUGAUAAUGCAAGACUACAGCGGUAUAUGAAUCAGUUUGCAGACAGGGGGUUUUCAGAGUUUCUGUUCAAGUACUACAUGGAUGAAGGUAAAAGGGGAAAACUCUUAUCACAUUCAUUUGGCCGUCAACAAGAGCUGGCUAAUUUUCUUGAAUCGCACGACAACCUUAGUUGGUUACAUCACAUUCACACCAAUGACUAUACACAGGCACAUGAAACUCUGUGGAGGAUAGGUCAAGAAGAGGUCAACUCUCUUUCAAAGAAAAAGACUCUGCUUAGCUUGAGUAAGUUGUCAAUGUUAGCAAGUGAGAAUCCAGUACAGAAGAACAUUGAUGAUUUGAAUACACAGUUGGAUAUUAUACUUCACCAGGAAACAUUACCUCAACCUAUCUUGCAGGAGCUGAAUAUGGAACUAAAUGAAAUGCCACCCAUGGAGCCAGCCAAUCUUAUUCAGCUUUACAUCAGUGAUGCUAACUGCGAUGCAAAUGAGUAUGACUUUAAGAAGGCUCUGGACCUACUGCAGUUUGUCUCGCAAGAUGACCCCACCUACCAUACACUCAAACUUAACAUCUGGUGCUCAGCAAUACUUAAGGACCAAUGGUCAGGAGUGGAGGGCAUUGAUCCCAUCUCAAAGUGCAAGCAAACUGUGUUUUUCAAAACACUUGAAAUGGCCCUUGCAGAAGGAAUGACAGAUGGAGAAUUGCUUCCAGAUGUAAAUACACUGUUGUCGUGCCAACAACUUGAUAGGUUGCAUGAUGAUAGACAGUUCAACUUCUUAAUCAAAGCGGCUUUCGAACAUCUGCAGCGACCAUGUCUGUGAACUACUCGCUGAGGCGACCAAAUCCUAUACCAACUCACUGCAGUGACCCAAGUCCUUUAGUGACGCACUGUAGUCACCAAGUCUUUGAACGACUCAUUGCAGAUUAAUAGAUGCAUCACGGAGCAAUCAUAGGAAUAGAUUUUCCUUGGGAUCUGGAGCAAUGGUAGAGCCUAGAGCCUGCUGGGGAUGGGGGAGAAGGGAAGUGUGCCAUGAUUAAUUAAUAAUGUGACACAUCAUGGAAAAAUCACAUGAAUAGAUUUUGCUUGGAUUCUAUGGCAAUGGUAGAGCCUAGACCCUUUUCUGGAUGUGGGGAGAAGGGAAUUGUUCCACGUUUAAUUAAUAAGUCUAUGUGAUACAUCAUGGAACAAUCACAGGAAUUGAGAUUUAAGGAAUAUUGUUGAAUAUGAAAAAGAAUCCUUGAAAUUUUGCAUCAGAGAGUAAAAUUAACUCUUCUAUUGGCAUUUAUUUAAUGUAAAAGUUCAUUGCAUAAUGUGUCACAUAAUGUGUUCACUGCAUAAUAUAUGAGGUUACCAUCCCAAAACCAGCUUACUAUCUCUAGUUGUUAAACUCUGUAAUUAGCAUAAGAAUGUGCCAGUAUUGUAUACUUUUGUACAGAGAAGCUGUAAUACUUUUACUCAUAACGUUGGCAAUAAUAAGUCGAUUGGUUACUGGUGCUGGUUUUUGCAUGGAAGGACACAUCAUUGUUUUUAUAAUAAACUUUUUCGUCAUGAAGUAUAGGACCCUAUUUGAAAUGCUUGGACACCUGUGAAUUUCUCAACAAUUAUUUUUGACAUUGCAGAUUUCUAGAUCAAUCUCAAAUGAAAUAGCAUUAAAUUGUGUGAAAAAAAAAACUUGUUUAUUAUUGUAGUCGUUGCAAUCAUUUAAUUACCUCCGCCAAAGAAGGUUAAUUAUGUAAUAAUUACUGCUUUUAUGUCUGUUAGCAAGAUUACGCAAAAGCUAAUGAAUGGAUCAUCAUAAAAUAUAGUGGACUGGUGCAUAAUAUUUGAAAAAGGAGAUUGUUAAUUUUUGUAAAGAAAAGGUUGAAGGACAAGGCCAAAGUCACAUAAAUUUCAUUGUUUACCCUAAACAUAAAAGAUAAUAAUGGAAUGGCCCAUAAUACACAGUCUGUGUAUUGUUAGGUAUUCAGGUACAGGGCACAGUUAUGCACUCCGUAGAGUGACUGCUCUAGUUUGUAGAUACCUCUCAUCCUAAAAAUUAUUAUUUACCAGUGAAUCUGUCCCUCAAUGACACUAUUAAGUGAAAAGGCUAUAUAGCUAAUGUGAAAAAAAAGAGAAAAAAAUAAUUGGCAACUUUUUCUUACUUUACUCCUACUCUGAGUUCUUAACGUUUUUUUUUUAAAUAUGAAUUAUUAACUUGCCAGUCUUCUCUGGUUUUAAGUGUGUAUAUUUAUUCUUAUUACUUGAUACUGUUCUUGUUAAUAACGUAUUCUCUGUCAUAAGCUAAACAAUUGAAAUUUAUUUCUAUUAAGUUACAAUUAAUAAUUUGAAUGAAAAAAAAAUCCAAGAUAGUUAAAUAUACCUUUCUUAUAUUCUUGUGCAUGGACCCUUAAUAUCAGUUGUAAUUUAUUCAUAACUUACCUCCAGGUAGAACACACAGAAAUUCAAUAUACCAUAGUGUACAUCAUGGAGGAAUUAGUUGGUGUACAUCUAAAUAUAGUAUGUACAGAAUUACAAACGGUUGACCGAGAAGUAUUGUUCCUGCUUAUUGUGCUGUGACUCCAGUGCAGACCCGGACAGCAUCUGUUUUUAAUUGGGAGUCAGAUUGCUUAACAAGAUGAACAUAUUUGUAUCCAUAUGUUUGUAUCCGUUUUGGUCUAAUGGGGUAUGAUACUUGCUUUGAGCGAGCAGUAGCAAGUUCGAAUCCAGCCAGAGACGCUUUU